AGUAAGGAUAACAAUCUUGUCUUACGGAAUCUUAAAAGCUAAGGAAUAAAAAAAAAUCACAGUAAAGCGCGCCUUAGUCACCUUUUCUUUCGGUGCUGUCCCGGCGUUGAAGGCGACGAGAAACAACGAUAAAACCCAAAAUGUCUGACAAUUGCGCAGGUGCGGCACAGACUCUGAAAGGAAGAAUUGCAUAAUUAGCGCGCGCAGUUUCAGCCGCACGCAGCCGUCACGUGUCGUCAUUUCGUUCCCGGUCUUCUGCCUCGACCCUCCCCCUUUUCCUUCGCCAUUGUGACGAGGGGAGUUCGAGGGCGAUGGGGCAACGAACUUGUCGGGCGCCCGCGUGAAAGAGAUAGGCGGAGGGCGGGCACGCCGGCCAAGCAGCAUUUGUAGGCUUGCGGGGAUGCGGCGCCGAGAACGGCGGAGGAGAGUCGGACCAUCCUCCGUCUUCUUAGGCUUCUGCGGCCCCCUGCUCGCUUUGGCAUUGUCCCUGCUGCAGGGACUCAUCUCAGUUCAUUCUUCUGCCAGUAUAGAUCCUAGUGGGUUGAAAGUUGUAGGAUCGACCAAUUUGCCAGUCAAAGUUUAUGUCAGGUUGAAUCAUAACAGUCCACGUAUUCUAUGUGUAACAAAUCGUCUGAGAAAUUCAGAAUUGAUCGAUCCGAUAUUUCAGUGGCAUGGACCGGGAGGUGACCUGGUUACAGAAAAUCAAACUGUGAAAAUAACACCAACAGGGACUUUGCUGUUCCGACACUUCAAACAUGAUAUGAGUGGAGUCUACACAUGUUCUCUUGUAUUUAAGCCAACCACUGAGCAAGAUGAAAAAAGCUAUUUAAUCAAAUAUGUCAUUUAUGCUUACUCAGAUCCUAACUUUUACUAUGAGUUUACAGCACGAUAUCAUGCAGCUCCCUGCAGCAGUAUCUACAAUACUUCUUUUGAGAAGAAGUUGCUCCAGAUACUGGCCAAACUUGUUGUUGAGUUAUCCUGUGAGGUUGUAUUACGCAAGUCAGAAUGCCAUCAUGUAAAAAUGCAGAGAGCUGGAUUGCAAAAUGAAAUCUUCUUUACUUUUACAGUUUCUUCUUUAGAUGCAGAAAAAGGCAAAAGUGUGUGUCAGAAAAGUGCAUGCGACGUAACAAGAAGAUUACGAAAGGCAAAAGACCUAAUAGAGAAAUUUUUUAGCCAACAAGUUGAAGUUCUUGGGAAACGGACAGCACCGCUCCCUGAGAUCUACUAUAUUGAAGGCACUCUGCAAAUGGUGUGGGUUAAUCGCUGUUAUCCGGGCUAUGGAAUAAAUCUUCUACUACAUCCAGAUUGUCCUAAUUGUUGUGUGGUUUGCAGUCCAGGAUCCUAUAACCCUCAUGAAGGAACUCAUUGCCUACAAUGCAACAGAAGUUUGGAAUAUGGAGCAAAAACUUGUUAACAGAAUACCAGCGCAGACCUUUUGCUAUAUUUAGUAGCAUUGAUGUACUUUGUUUAUUAUAGCUUGGUAAUGCAAAUAAAAUGAUUUUUUUUCAAACCUCCAAUUUAAUGUGUACUAAAUCAGUGUAUUGCAUUUGGUUUAAUGAUUAUGUGAUUACUUGCAGAAAGGUGACAACCUGUUUUGUUGUCUCUGGAAACUUCACAUAUGGGGGGCAUGAUAAUUGAUUUUUAGCUAUAACAAGUGGAGGAUCGCUCAGAUUUUCUGAUAUUCCAACUUUUAUCAAGGUUGUGCCUGAUCCUAUAGAACUUGAUAAAAUGCAGAUGAUUCAAUGCAGUGCAUAUGGUGUUGGAUUGGGGAGAUCUAGAUUCAGAUAACUCAACCCUGAUGCUCACAGAAGAUCUGCCGUUUGCUAGCAAUCUCCCUAAUCUGCUGCAGAGUUGUUACAUGAGGAGAAAAUAGGGUAAUUCUAUGUGUGCUUCCUUGUUGGGGAUACAAAUGUGGCAAGUGAGUGAUGUUUUUGGAUAUGGAGCCAAGACAAUUUUUUGUGUUAUGAAACUGCCUUUCUGUUCAAUAAAACUAUGAAAGCCAAAGUGUAAGCAACCCUCAUAAAAUUAAAGAGUAUUACCAUUGAUCUAUGUGAUCUGUUCUGGGCUAAGGACCUCUGAAGUGUACACUGAUUUCUCCCACCCUUCAAGUCAUAAUAUGAAAUGGCUUUUGCAA